AGGAGUCGGACAUCGGCACAGUGCGUGCGGAUGCGGGGAAGAUGGAGGAGGAGGCUGGAGCUGUCUGAACACACAGAGAUGCGGAUUAUGGAGGCUUGCGCCGUCAAACGAGCAAAGGACCAAAGACGACGCUAAAUGGACGCGGCUUCGAGCACAGUUCAGCGACAGGACACGACGAGAGCGAUUCCCGUCUGCGUUUCUAUAAAUAGAGCGCUCAUCUCAUUUUAACAGUUAACAGCGUCUUAAAGAGCGUGCGGGAAGGUUUUACUACAAUAAUAAUAAUAAUCACAAUAAACAAGAACGAGGAAUGUGGAAAACGGGGAUGGUUGUCACUGAUUGUCUAUGCGGAGGAUGGAGAAAGCGAUCGAGGGAUAAUAAACACGAGCCUGGAUGUCCUUUGGAGCUCGCAGGGAUUGGGAAUUUGCGCAUUCUGUGCGUUAUGACGCCAUAACAGAACUCGACUCUGACGCGUUCUGAAGUAAACGAACGGAUCCGAACGCUUAAAAGAUGAGGGUUCCGCGCCUGCUUCUGUACUCGUGGGUAUUAGUGGCCCUUCUGCCGGUGCCCUGCUCCGGAGCGGUGCUGCUCCGCGUCCCUCUGCGGCAGGGGCCCCUCUCAGAGAGCGCGGGCCCCCGGGGCCCCUCCGGCUCCGCCCGCACGCGCAGAGCAGCCAGUGCGGUCAGUUUUGUCAACAUGAUCGAUAACCUUCGCGGGAAGUCAGGACAAGGGUAUUAUAUCGAGAUGGCGGUGGGCACGCCGCCUCAGAAGCUGAAUAUCCUGGUGGAUACGGGCAGCAGUAACUUCGCAGUCGGCGCCGCCGCUCACCCGUUCCUCCACAGAUAUUACCACCGCUCUCUCUCGUCGUCGUACAGAGACCUGGGCCGGAGCGUGUAUGUGCCGUACACACAGGGCCGCUGGGAGGGCGAGCUGGGCACCGACCUGCUGUCCAUUCCUCACGGCCCCAACGUGUCCCUGAGGGCCAACAUCGCCGCCAUCACCCAGUCUGACCGCUUCUUCAUCAACGGCUCCAACUGGGAGGGCAUCCUGGGGCUGGCUUACGCAGAGAUCGCCCGGCCGGACGAGACUCUGGAGCCGUUCUUCGACUCUCUCCUGAGACAGACCAGUGUCCCAGACGUCUUCUCCCUGCAGCUCUGCGGAGCGGGCUUCACCCAGAACUACAGCGCCGGCAGCUCUACUGUAGGGGGCAGCAUGAUCAUUGGAGGAAUAGAUCCGUCCCUGUAUGUCGGCGAGCUGUGGUACACACCAAUCAGACGAGAGUGGUAUUACGAGGUCAUCAUCGUGCGCAUCGAGGUCAACGGACAGGAUCUCAAUAUGGACUGCAAAGAAUAUAACUAUGAUAAGAGCAUCGUGGACAGCGGCACCACAAACCUGCGUCUGCCUCGUAAAGUGUUCCAGGCGGCGGUGAAGGCCAUCGAAGCAGCUUCAUCGACCGAGCAGUUUCCCUCAGGGUUCUGGCUGGGCGAGCAGCUGGUGUGUUGGCAGGCGGGCACCACUCCGUGGCACAUCUUCCCCGUCAUCUCUCUCUACCUGAUGAGUGAGAACACAAACCAGUCCUUCCGCAUCUCCAUCCUGCCACAGCAGUAUCUGAGGCCGGUGGAGGACGUGGCCUCGGCUCAGGAAGACUGCUAUAAGUUCGCUGUGUCUCAGUCCAGUACUGGUACAGUGAUGGGGGCCGUCAUCAUGGAGGGCUUCUAUGUGGUGUUCGACCGAGAGCACAAACGCAUCGGCUUUGCGGUCAGCACGUGUCACGUCCACGAUGAGUUCCGCACGGCGGCGGUGGAGGGGCCCUUCCAUGGCGUGGACCUGGAGGACUGUGGCUACAACGUCCCUCAGACCGACGAGUCCACUUUAAUGACCAUCGCCUACAUUAUGGCGGGGAUCUGUGCCCUGUUUAUGCUGCCUCUGUGCCUCAUGGUCUGUCAGUGGCGUUUUACACGCUGCCUUCAUCCGCUGGGCCCCGGAGACUUCUCUGAUGACAUAUCCCUCCUGAAGUGAGCCAUAUCUAAUGAUUUCAGUGCUUGUCCUCGAGGGUCUCAAAGAAGAGGUAUUGAUGAUACCGAUGAGACUAGAGUCACACACACACACACACACACACACUCCUUUAUCUUACAGACUUCUGAGUGUGGAUAGCUGUCCUGGGACUGUUCAAGUCAAGUUCUGUGAAGUUGUGUAGACUACGUGAGAGAGUGUCUGUGUCUGAAAGCCAGAGGGAGAUUGUUCACUAUAUUAAGAUGUCAUGUUCUAUAUUGAUUGAUUUUCAAAAUGAAUUAUAACAAAGGUUAUAACAAAGUACUGUUCGAGUCACUGUUUAUGACAUCAGUCCCCAAAACACCACGAGGAACUCUACUAUGCUACUGUUACUAAGACAACAUGAUCUUCUGACUGUAUUCAUCUAAAGCUUACCGUUAAUAGACCUAUAUGAUUUGUAAUAAUGGAUAUUGCUGGGAGAGAACAUGUCCAGACAUAUUUUACCCCAAAAUCUAAAGCUAACAAUAAGAAUUUAUAUUUAAAUUUGAACCCUAUUUUAGGACUCAUAAUUUUUUUUCAUGGCAAUUUUAGUAACAUUUUCUAUUAAAUUUUCAUUACCUCAAUGAAAAUAAACUAUUAAAAUACUAAACUGCUUUCCAUUUACCCAGUGGUCUUCAAAUAUGAUUAUUUUUUCUUUAUGCAAAUAAAAAAGUGAUUGCUAAAGAAAGAAGAAAAAAAUUGCAGUCAGUUGUUAUCUGGACACGUUUUCUAAAGAUUUACUUUAGAGCAGUCGUAUUUAAAUUAUGUAGCAAAAAUUCAUCAGCUUUUGAAUCAUUUCUCUGGACACAUAUGUAACUUCAAUGCUUACUUCACACUGCAAACACGACACACACACACACACACACACACUCACACACACACACACACACACACACACACACACACACACACACACACACACACACACACACACACACACUCACACACACACACACACACACUCACACACACACACACACACACUCACACACACACAGACACAGAAAUGCAACCAAACAACAAAUGCACCUAAAACAAUUGCUGCCGAUCCUUGAACAUUUAAUAACUCACUUUAGGAAAAGCACAUACUCUCAUACCUCAUCUUAACCUAACCUCCAGAACAAAACACUGAAAGAUCUGCAAAACAGGUUCCUACUGCUAACAAAAUGUAUUCAUGAAAAUCCAAAUUGGCAGCUCUUAUAUUUAAUAAAGUAUAAUACACCAUAA